AUGUCCCCCAUACUAAAAACUCUACCAUCAAAAAGCCGAUUGGCUCAAGUCAGAAAUCUCAGUGCUGAAAUCUUUGAUGAAUUUUGGAACCCCACAGCAAAAAGAAACCCCGCUAAGAUAUUGAAAAAACCAUUGUUAGGACCUGAAGUUGUUAAAUACUACGGAGACAACAAUACUGUGCCAACAUUUAAAGAUUUUAAGAAAUGGUUCCCAGAGUUGAAAUUAGUGGAUCCUAGGGAAGCCCACAGGACAUUUAUGGUUGAGGAUAGAAAGAGGAGGAAUAAAGGUGCUCCAAAGAAGAAGAAAGCUUGA